CAUUCGAUUAGUGCAGUACUUCUCUCCAACUCGCCGAAGAUACACCAAUUGCCUUUGAAAUCGAAUUUUUCGCUUUUUCCGUGAAAAAAACUAUAACAUCUUGUGAUUGCAAUUAGCGAGAUCGGCGACUUAACUUCAAAGAUGUUGCGUCGUAAAAGGGUAGAGCACGAAUUGGAUUAAAAAAAGGAUAUAAUAAUUUUAUAUAAUUACAAAAUUAUAAUGCUGAGCAAUUUUUACGGGAAUGCGAAGGAUGUUUAAAAAAUAUCGAAGAGACACUUUUAGUAGUUUUUCCAAGCUCUUUUUUUAAUUUAAAUUUCGGGGAAUGUGUGGGGAAGAUAAGAAUUUAAUACUUAUUUGAAGUAUUAAAAGUACUGCUAUUAGUACUUUUAAUACUCAAGAUAAAUAAUAAUUAUCUACUAGCCAAUUUAAUACUUCCCAGUAUUAUGUUUUCAUAAGGGUCUAGAAUUGUUAUCGAUACAAAAAUCUAAAGAAAUAUAAUUAAUUUGUUAACUUUUGUUUUAGGGUGGAGCAAAGACGACAAGAAGAAUGGCGAAAAAAGUAGCACCGGCGGCAUUGCAGACGGAAGUUCUUAAUGAUGAGGAAUGGGCGAAGGUGCUGAAGCGAAAGGGUUUAGUAGUCGUGGACGUUUACUCGGACUGGAGUGGUCCUUGCACAGGCAUGGUGAGCAUUCUGAAGAAGAUAAAGAUGGAGAUUGGAGGCGACGCAUUGAGUUACGCCAUGGCAAGUUGUGAUCGUGUUACUGACUUGAAAAGAUUUCAAGGAAAAAGUGAACCCAUAUGGAUGUUUAUUCAUGAAGGUCGAAUGAUAAAUUUAAUGUUCGGAGCACAUUGCCCGGAAUUCGUAAAAAUGUUGAUGACCGAGCUCGAGAGAGUUCAAAAGGGCGAUGAGCACGAAUUCUCGAUUGACGUUUUCGAGAAGAGUCCGGAGGAGGAAGUACGAUUAAAAAUCCAAGAGGAGGCAAAAAUAGCUAAGGAAACAGCAAGAAAAUCCCGAAAGGUGGCCGAAGCUAAAGCGAGAUAUGAGGCAGAGAUGUUGCAUCUUACCACAUCGUUGUGCAACGAGACUUGUCUGUUGCUAUUUCCUUGGAUAUUCAAAGACGAAGAAGGACGUAGAAGAGAUAAAAAGUCGAGCCCACCAUACGUGGAACUCGUCGAGGAAUUGUUACCGGAAAGUUACAUAGUGGAACAAGAGCUGCGCAAACGAAUGAACGAGGAUCUGCUCCAGCAAAUGCUCGAUGAAUCCACGUAUAAUUUUUCGGAAACCAGUAAACAGUUGCUCUUUGACGGCAAAUGUAUGUUCAUGCGACUGAAGAUCGUCGAAGGAAGAAAGAAUCUUGACGUUCAUGAUCAUUUGUGCAACAUCCUGUUCAAUGAACCAACGUUACCGGAAUCGGACGAUUGUUUAAAUGAGGAUUGCUAUGCCGGAAAACAUUGUCCAGCUUUUGAAGUUCCUGAUAAGGAAAAUAAGAAGUUUCCUUUUGUUUGGAUACCACCGAAUCCCAGGAACAAGGCAGUCGUUUUCCGCACGAUAUUCACCGUUUAUACCACUACAACAUAUCCAUAUGAAGAUAAAAUGACAAAAGUGCCAAUAACCGUCUUCAAAUAUGAUUAUACACGUAAAAAUGAUUUAAAAAUGGUACUGGAAAUGUUCGACGAUGAUGUCAUUAAUUUUGGUAUAUUUGAAUACGAUAAACCACCUGAGGCUAAGAUGAUUGCUAAAAGUAUAGAGACAUUCGAGAUGAAUACUGAAGAAAAAACAGGUUACGAAAUAUUCGUCUGUACUGUGAAGAAAGUAGGUUGUGAAGCAUUUUUGGGCUUUGCCGGGAUUGGGCCUUUUCACGUGAGCGAAAAUCCAGAGAAGGCUAUCGAAGAAUCGAAAUUAUAUUUCCCAGACGUUAUUGCUGUAGAAGAAUCACAAUCGGAUGACGAGGAAAGACCCGAGGAGUCAAGUGAAGAGCAACAAGACGAUACGAAGACAUAAUUGCUAUUAUCAUAUAUGAUAAAAUAUCAGACAGCAAGGCAUGAAAAUAGCAACUCAUACUCGUAGCUUAAUAUUAAAUUAAAUUAAAUCAAAUUGUAUAAAAUAAAUUAUUAUACGUAUUUUAUUUAAUAUUAUGUAUAAAUUUGUAUAUAUGUAUUCGUACAUAUUAUAUAUGCAA